GAAGACGGACAGACUCAGUUAAAGUAGUACAGACACAGUGGCGUUUAACGGCUCCGGGCGCGUCACCGCUCAAACAAACGGGAAUAACUUGGCUUUGGCGCGGAGCGCGAGAGGAGCGCGGCGGCGUUCGUGAGACUCCUGCCAUGGAUCGAAGACUUUUGACGGCUUUUCUCUUGUCCGCCGUUAGUUUAUUGAUCUCGGCAGCGGCGGUGCAAGAAUUUCAAGGUGACUGUCUCUCUGAGAGGUCUUACAGCGAGUGUGGUUACAGUCAAGGUAAAGACGAUGACUUGGACUGGGAGCAGAUGAACACCAGAAAGAAACCAUCAUCAGACUCAUGGGUACCAACAGACUCAGCGUUCAUGAUGGUGAACACAUCCGGGAGGUUUUCUGGACAGAAGUCUCAACUCUACGUCCCACAGUUUAAAGAGAACGACACUCACUGUGUCAUAUUUCAGUAUUACGGAGCGAGUCGAGAGGGUUCCAGUCCGGGACAGCUCCUCAUCUAUGUGAAAGAGAACAACAGUCCGCUGGGUCUGCCCGUGUGGAACACAUCCGGACCGGCUCUACAGAAAUGGCAGAAGGUUGAACUGGCCAUCAGCACUUUCUGGCCAAAUUUCUAUCAGCUGGUGUUUGAAGUGGUGACAUCAGGAGAUCGUGGUUUGUUGGCCAUCAAAGGAAUCUCACGUCAGGGUCAUCAGUGCAUGAACACGCCUCAUUUCCUGCACAUUAAGGGCGUGGAGGUGAACGCCCGACAGACGGCUGUGUUUCAGUGCACCAUUAAUGGACAACCACCAGAUCAUAUCAACUACAAACUCUGGUUACAGGGUAUCGGAGGACGUGAAGCUCAAAUGAAAGACACUAAACCUGUGAACUCCAGACGUUAUACAGGCACGUUUGAUAUAGUCAACACUACCAAGGGUGACUCGGGUCGGUACCGCUGUAUCGUGCGCUCUGAUCAUGGACUGGGUGUGUCCAGUUACGGCACGCUGGUGGUCAAACAGCCUCCGGUGCCCAUUGCUCCUCCUCAGUUGACCGCUGUGGGUGCCACCUACCUGUGGAUUCAGCUCAACGCCAACUCGAUCAACGGUGACGGUCCCAUCAUAGAGAAAGAGGUGGAGUAUCGCACGCUGUCCGGCAGUCUGAUCGACAAUCAGCCCGUAGACAAAGCCAACCAUAAGAUCGGUCACCUGGACCCCGACACAGAGUAUGAGAUCAGUGUCCUGCUCACUCGACCCAAUGAGGGUGGAACCGGAGCACCUGGACCACCGCUCAGAGCCAGAACCAAAUGUGCAGAUCCCAUGCAUGGCCCGAGACGGCUGCAGGUCAUCGAUAUCAAAUCCAAGCAGUUCACCGUUCGCUGGGAGCCGUUCGGCUACAACGUGACGCGCUGUCACAACUACAGUCUGACGGUGGAGUAUCGCUACACGCUGAACGCUAAAGAAGAAACCAGAGAGGAGAAAUGUACCGAUACUCUCAGCAUCUCUCCUCAACACACCAUCAGGAACCUGCUGCCCUUCACCAACGUCAGUAUAAAGCUCGUACUGAGAAACCCCGAGGGCGUCAAAGAAAGUGAAGAACUCAACGUUCUGACGGACGAGGACGUGCCGGGAGCCGUUCCUCUCGAGUCAAUCCAGGGCAGCACAUAUGAGGAGAAGAUCGCUCUCAGAUGGAGAGAACCCAUUCAGACGUAUGGAAUCAUCAAACAGUAUGAGAUCUUCUAUAAGGCCGUGAGCUCAUUUGACCCCGAGUUUAAUCUGGCCAAUCAGAGUGGGAAGGUGUUGAAGUUCAGCAACGAGACGUCACAUGUGUUUGUGGGAUUGUAUCCUGGUUCCACGUACUCCUUCACCAUCAGAGCCAGCACGGUCAAGGGCUACGGACCACCCGUCAUCACCCAGUUCACAACCAAGAUAUCACCACCCCGUAUGCCCGGGUACGAGCAGGAGAGUCCUCUGAAUCAGACCGACAGCACCGUGACAGUCCUGCUGAAACCGGCUCAGAGCAGAGGAGCACCCGUCAGUGUGUAUCAGGUGGUGGUUGAAGAGGAGCGUCCGCGGCGUUCACGGAGAGCUGCAGAGAUUCUGCGGUGUUAUCCAAUCCCCAUCCACUUCCAGAACGCAUCCGUGCUGAACUCUCAGUAUUACUUCACAGCAGAGUUCCCUGCCGGCCGGAUUCAAAGCCCACUGCCCUUCACCGUGGGAGACAACCGCACGUAUGACGGCUACUGGAACCUUCCGCUGCUGCCUCACAAGAGCUACAGCAUCUACUAUCAGGCGGUCAGCACGGCCAACGGGGAAACUAAAAUCGAUUGUGUUCGUGUGGCUACUAAAGCUGCAAUUAUAGUGACACAGCUGACCACCCCGUAUGUGCGCAUCGCACCCGCUGCGGGCGACAGCCAACUAACAGGUGCGGCCACCAGGAAGCCUGAUGCUGUUGAACCUGAGAAACAGACCGAUCACACGGUGAAGAUCGCUGGCGUGAUCGCUGGCAUUCUGCUCUUCGUCAUCAUCUUCCUCGGUGUGGUGCUGGUCAUGAAGAAACGCAGAAGAUCCUCUUACUCCUACACUUACUACCUGAAACUGGCAAAGAAGCGCAAGGAGACGUUGAGCAGCACCCGUCAGGAGAUGACCGUGAUGGUGAACUCGAUGGAUAAGAGUUACACUGAGCAGGGCACCAGCUGUGAUGAAGCCAUUUCAUUCAUGGACACACACAAUCUCAAUGGAAGACCUGUUUCCUCGCCGUCCUCCUUUACCUUGAAGACUAACACGCUGACCGCCUCCGUGCCAAACUCCUAUUACCCAGACCCCUUUGUGCCGACCGCAAUCUUAGUGCCCAUUAAUGAUGAGCCUCACACCAUGACCACUGAAACCAGCAGUCUGGUUCAGUCUCACACUCACUCCUACAAGAAGCGAGAGGCGGCGGACGUGCCGUAUCAGACGGGACAGCUUCAUCCGGCCAUCCGUGUGGCCGAUCUUCUUCAGCACAUCACGCAGAUGAAGUGUGCCGAGGGAUACGGCUUUAAAGAAGAGUAUGAGAGCUUCUUUGAAGGUCAGGCUGCACCCUGGGACUCGGCCAAAAAAGACGAGAACAGAAUGAAGAAUCGCUACGGCAACAUCAUCGCAUAUGAUCAUUCACGUGUCCGACUGCAGCCGGUGGAGGGAGAGCAGAGCUCAGAUUAUAUUAAUGCUAAUUAUGUGGAUGGCUAUCAUCGGCCGAAUCAUUACAUCGCUACACAAGGUCCCAUGCAGGAGACCAUCUAUGACUACUGGAGGAUGGUGUGGCAGGAGAACACAGCAACCAUCGUCAUGGUAACCAAUCUGGUGGAGGUCGGCCGGGUGAAAUGUUGUAAGUAUUGGCCUGAUGACACAGAGAUCUACAGAGACAUGAAAGUGACGCUGAUAGAAACACAACUGCUGUCUGAAUACGUCAUCAGAACCUUCGCUGUGGAAAAGCGAGGAGCUCAUGAGAUCAGAGAGAUCAGACAGUUUCAUUUCACCGGCUGGCCCGAUCAUGGUGUGCCGUAUCAUGCUACAGGACUUCUGGGAUUCGUGCGAAGAGUCAAAUCCAAGAAUCCAGCCAACGCCGGCCCCAUGGUGGUCCACUGCAGCGCUGGAGCGGGGCGUACCGGCUGCUUCAUCGUCAUUGAUAUCAUGCUGGACAUGGCGGAGCGUGAAGGUGUGGUGGACAUCUACAACUGUGUGAGAGAACUGAGAUCACGUCGAGUAAACAUGGUUCAGACUGAGGAGCAGUAUGUGUUCAUACAUGACGCCAUCUUGGAGGCGUGUCUUUGUGGAGACACCACAAUUCCAGCCAAUCAGCUUCGGUCAAUCUAUUAUGACAUGAACCGCUUGGAUCCCCAAACCAACUCCAGUCAAAUCAAAGAGGAGUUCAGAACGUUGAAUAUGGUGACACCCACAUUACGAGUGGAGGACAGUAGCAUCGCUCUGUUGCCGCGUAACCACGAGAAGAACCGCUGCAUGGACGUCCUGCCUCCGGACCGCUGUCUUCCCUUCCUCAUCACCAUCGAUGGAGAGAGCAGUAAUUACAUCAACGCUGCGCUCAUGGACAGCUACAAGCAGCCGUCUGCAUUCAUCGUGACCCAACAUCCACUGCCCAACACCGUCAAAGACUUCUGGAGACUGGUGCUGGAUUACCACUGCACGUCCAUAGUCAUGCUGAACGACGUGGAUCCUGCUCAGCUGUGUCCUCAGUACUGGCCUGAGAACGGAGUUCAUCGUCACGGCCCCAUUCAGGUGGAGUUUGUGUCCGCUGAUCUGGAGGAGGAUAUCAUCAGCAGAAUAUUCCGCAUCUACAACGCUGCACGGCCUCAGGACGGGUAUCGGAUGGUACAGCAGUUCCAGUUUUUGGGUUGGCCUAUGUACCGCGACACACCCGUCUCCAAACGCUCAUUCCUUAAACUCAUCAGACAGGUGGAUAAAUGGCAGGAGGAGUAUGAUGGUGGAGAGGGACGUACCGUAGUACACUGCCUUAACGGAGGCGGACGCAGCGGGGCCUUCUGUGCCAUCAGCAUCGUGUGUGAGAUGUUGAGACAGCAGCAUUCAGUCGACGUGUUUCAUGCUGUAAAGACUCUGAGAAACAACAAACCCAACAUGGUGGACCUACUGGAUCAAUACAAGUUUUGUUAUGAAGUUGCGCUGGAAUACUUGAAUUCUGGGUAAAUUGAGCAGAAGCUGCCCCCCUCAAUUCCUUUCCAUAGCCCCCCAAACACUACAACUCAAGAAUGUUUCAGACUGGACGUUUUCCAACAGUUUGGAUUCUGUAUUUCUGGGAUGUGACAAAUGAACUCUGACGUCACCCGCACUCGACUCUUCCCCUGCAGCGAGAGACUGAUGUCUUUUAUCUUUACCGGCUUUUUAUACUCAUCGGAUGAUGUCUGUCACUUCAUUUCUGUGUGGAAUGCAACGUCACGUGGAUGUUUAUUUUCUGUUUAUGUUUAUUAUCACGUUUAUUUUGCUUUUGUACGUCUGUUUAUGAAUUGUUGGCAUGUACAGUUUAAUCCCGUUGUGGCAUUACCAGUGCAGAUAUUAAAGCUUUCGUUGUGUUUGUGUCGAGUAAUGGAGAAACUGCUGAAAUGAUACACACGCUAAAACGUCCCGUCAAAAGAUCCAAAGCUUGUAUUUGUGAUCAUUUUGUUUAUAUUGUAAAUAGUUGAAGCUCACCAGAUAAUUUAUUCAUUGAUGGUUUUGUGAAGCACACUGAGUGACAAUCAUGUUUUAAUUUGGUCAUUAUUAUCAUAAGGACUCGAAAAAAAAUAAUGACCAGAUUGUGUUGUUAACUUUUAAUUUAUCUGGUAUGAAAAAAAAACUCAAAACCUAUAAAUACAUAUCUAUAUCUGCUCACCUGCCGUUCACGUGUCCUUUGUGCCGUGUCAGUAAUGGAGAAAAACAUUUUGUGGAAGCUCAUAUUCAAUUCUCAGAUGUGCUCUGUGAUGUCUUGUCAUGAGCUGUGUUCAGAUAACCUGUGAGCACAUAUUCUUCUGUACAUGUUCAUGCUGUGUUGGGCCCGGGUUAAGAAUUCAGAGGCCCCUGGGCACAAGUGUCUUGUAGACACACAAACACACACAAUAAAGUUUUAAAUGCUAGCCUUUAGGGUACAUCAUGUAGGAAACACCUCUAUUUUAUACAUGAUUACAUUGACAAGUUACAAACUAUGAUCACAACCUGAAGGACAAUAUCACCACCUGUACACAUGAUCCUCCAUCAUUCAUGAUUACACCACAUGAUUGUGAUUUCCCUGCAUACUGUAACUCACCGUCAUAUUCAAGCACACACCUCUACCAAUUCAGUUCUGUUCACACACGAACACACCUUACAUAUACUGUAUAUAUAUAUAUAUAUAUAUAUGAAAUUUCUUGAGAUAAAUUAUAGGAAGUUCUUAAGAAUAUUCUUAAGUGCAAUUCUCAAAUAUUUUCUUGUGAACAUCUUCAUUUUUUCCAAGAAUAAACGUGCAGUCUUUAUAAAUGAUUAUA